AAUAAUUGCCCAUUCACCUCGAGUUUCCUCCUUUUGAUGAGCUGCGGAGAAACACAAGGGUGGAGGGGGGAGUGGGGGGGUCUCUUGAGUAGAGAGCCAAAUAAUUCCUCCACCCCCCCCCCCAACUUCCUUCCCCAGCCCAUCACCAUCAUUCCUGCUGCUGCUGCUGCGACUGUCUGUGAUGUAAAUGCAAGACCAUGUUGAAGUUGUUCUCCGCGCGGGAUAACGACAACGAGAGGCUCCUGGGGGGCAUCGCAGAAGUCUGGUUUGCUAGGCUGACGUCUUUCUACCCUUCGGAGGUGACUUUUGAGGUUGCUCGUGCAUCAUUUCUCAAACCUCCCAAGGACGACCUCCAGAUGAUUCAAGAUGAAGGAGACAACCCAUCCCUCGGUGAAACUAAGCUGCCCUGGCUAGGCAGAUCUUAUCAUCCCCCGGUGCUCAAAGAUGCAGGAGACAUGUCCAAAUCGGGGCAAGUCAGAUCAAAAGUCUCUUCUUCCAAGUCUUCCGCCGAUGAAACGGUCACGCCGUGCGAAGAAAAACCUCCUUCCGACAUCCUCCACGUGGAGGAAGGUAGCUGCAUGGUGACUCCGUGGGUCGAAGGCCAGGGCAAGAAACAUCCGGGCCCUCCGGUUCUGAGUCUGGCCCAGGAGGACAGGAAGCUCAAGACCUCCAAGGAGGAUUUUGUAAUCGAGGAGAAGGAAAUGGAGGAAUCCGAAGACCUCCAGAAUCAUCUUAAAGAUGUCGUCUCCAAUGGAGGAGAAGAAGAAAAAGCCCUCGCAUCCUCUCCGGUCCAUCCCGACAAUGAGUCCGGACAGGUCGACAUCCUGACCAAAGAUCGAGCAAACGCCUUGGGGGAGGUCGCUCCGGUCUGGAUCCCGGACGCCGAAGCUCUCCUGUGCAUGAAGUGUGGCGUCAAGUUCACGUUUACCAAACGGAGGCACCACUGUCGCGCCUGUGGCAAGGUGUUUUGUGCACUUUGCUCCGGCCUGAAGUUCAGACUUACACAUCUGGACGGCAAGGAGGGGCGAGUUUGUGUUUCCUGUCAUGCAACCCUCAUUAAAAGCACGUCACCGAGAGGGAAAAGGAGGGUCUGGUUCGCAGACGAGCUCCACGUCGACGAGCGGUCCGAGACAACGCCCGUCGGAGGGCACGCGUUCUCACCAUCUGUGAGCCGAGCGGCGCGAAACGGGACGGCCAAAGGGCCGGCGGGGUCGCCGCAGCUCAGGAGAGCCUCCAGGCCACAAGGGGGCGCUGAUGAGGCGUGUGCUCCUCGACGGUGGGGAAUGUCCACACUUGUGAACACCUCGUGGAACCUGAUCCCGCUGGAAGGCCUACCGCCGAUCCUUACCUCCACAGGAAUCAAAGGGGAUUACACCGUGGAGGAGCGUCCCUCUGAGAUGCUGCUCAUCCAAGAGCUGGAGAACGGCCUCUCCAACCCUCUGGUGUUUGUCCUCAAUGCCAACUUGCUCGCCAUGGUAUCGAUGGUCAAUUACGUUAACAGGAAGUGUUGGUGCCUGACCACCAAGGGGAUGCACGCCGUGGGCCAAGUGGAGGUGGUGGUGCUCCUGCAGUGUCUGCCCGAGGAGAAGAGCUUGCCCAGGGACAUCUUCAGUCAUUUCGUCCAGUUGUACAAGGACAGCCUCACGGGGAAGGUGAUCAAGGAUCUGUCGCUGUCCCUGUUUAGCAGCCGUUUUCUGGGAAGCGAUAUGCACGCGGGCUUCUUGUUUGUCCGAGCCACCCGUCAGUCCCUUCAAGGUCUGCCCCUGCCCAGCCAGCCGUACCUCUUUGGUCUGCUGCUCCACCGGGCCGAGGUGGUCUGGGCCAAGACGUUCCCUUUGCGUCUCAUGCUGCGCCUGGGUGCAGAGUACCGAUUUUACCCUUGCCCUUUGUACAGCGUGCGCUUUAGGAAGCCUUUGUUUGGGGACAUUGGCCAUACAGUCAUGAGGCUUUUAGUGGACUUUAGGAAUUUUCGUUAUAGUCUCCCAAUGGUGUCGGGGCUCACGGUGGAUGUGGAGGCUCAUAAGACCCGCAUAAAGAUACAAACUACCGCGUACAACGAGCUGACGAAGGCCAUGAACAAGUGCAACGAGCAUGUCCUGGCCAUGGGGGCUUGCUUCAACGAGGAGGCCGACUCUCACCUCAUCUGCGUGCAAAGGGACGACGGCCAAUACCAGACGCAAGCCAUCAGCAUCCACAACCAGCCACGUAAAGUGACUGGCUCGUGUUUUUUCAUAUUCAGCAGUGCACUGAAAGCAACUGCGGGUUACUUUGCCAAAUCCAGCAUCGUCGAAGAUGGAUUAAUGGUGCAGAUUACCCCAGAGACCAUGGCAGAGCUGCGUAGGUCGCUCCGGGAGAUGAAGGACUACACCGUCAACUGCGGCCGCGUGGAUCGAGCCGACGGCCAGGAAGAGCUCGUUUGUGUGCAGUGGGUGGAGUCCAAGUGCGCCCUCAAUAAAGGGGUUUUAAGCCCCAUUGAUGGUAAAUCCAUGGAGUCCAUCAGCAGUACAAAGAUGUUCCAGAAAUCCGAAUACAAAGAAAACGGGAAGAUUAUCCACUGGACAGAAGUGUUCUACCUACAGAGAGUCGAGCCCCCAAAAGGAAUGGCAGCCAACAUACCAGAACACAACCGGCUGACGGAGCGCAUCGCCCGGGCCUUUUGCUUGGCGCUGUGUCCGUACCUCAAACUCCUCAAGGAGGACGGCAUGGCCAAGUUGGGGCUGCGUGUUACCUUUGACCCCCAGCAGGUGGGCUUCGUGGCAGGCAGCAAUGGGCGCCCACUACCCCCUCAGUACUUGAACGCCCUGGACAGCACGCUCAUUCCCGUCAUCCACAGCAGGGGGCGCAAGAGAAGCGACGAGCCCAUCGUGAUGGAGCUCAUCUUUUACAUCCUGGAGUUCAUCACAUAGUAAAGUACCAUACAAACGCUGACAACUAAGCGCAUCUUUGACCCUGAAAGUCAUCAGGACAAUUCACUCAUGAGGUUUCACUCGUGGCGUUUUUCUGACCUUGGUGUCAAAUCAAGAAAAAGAUCAAACUUUAGUCCAAAGUAACUUUAACAUGAGGGCUAGAUUCUUCCCCUGCUAGUUUAAAUGAAAACGAAUGACUUGAGUAGUGAAUGCACAUGUAAUGAAUGCCUGAAUGAUGUCUUGAAAUGGAAUGUUGCAUUUAAUUAUUUCAGCUUGGAAUUAAACUUUGCAAUGAAAACGA